UAAUGUGUUUGAAGGAGGCACACAACUUUUCCACUAACCUGCUUCUAUAGCUGCUCACUUUUGUUAGAAACCUAUGUAGCACAGUUUGUAACUAAACUAAGCCAUUUAGUGAAAUAACAUACACAACUAUAAAAUGUUUUUUAUUUCAAGAACCGUAUAGCUCUGCUGACAGUGUAUUGUUUUAUUUGUUUCAACGACAGAAAACAUACCUCACAGGACAGCAGAAAACAUCUCAAUUCAAACAAUCCAAGUUUUAUAGUGGACUAGACGCUUUUAAAAAGUGUGUCCCGUAGGCCUAUAGCUUUGGUUCAAUGUAUAAGCCCUGAGUCAGUGGUGUCUGACAUUGUGGUUGGGGUUAGUAUUAAUAUCUAUUAAUAACUAGGCUAUUAUAAUGAUUUAAUAACUAUUCCUAACUUACGACUUGCUUUUAAAAAAAUGUAUUGCUGUAAGAGAGCUUGGCUAUUAUUGUGACAUGCGCCCCGAAAUGAAAUCUUUGCAUUUGAUAAUAUGUUUUCCUGAUUAGUGUAAUCACUUACACCUGUCUGUGUUUAACCUGCAAUGACGACACCGCUACCGCACAAAGGUAAAUAAACUAAUAUUUAAUCAAACGAUCACACCGCCGUAUGUUGUAAUCUGGCCUAACAAGUGAAUACACACCUGCAUCACUGAAACAAUAACUACUGACAAAACGCUGCUUAUUUGAUGCUGUUAUCAGUGCAAAAGUUGUUUAUUUACCAACAAAAACACCUGAACAACAGAAAAUGUCACAGACUGAUACCACAGCGGCCUCUCGUGGCUUCUUGUUGUCAUGACGACAUUAGCGCUCACGCUGCGUUCAAGCACAGCAGCACAAGCAGGAUAAACAUCGACCAAACUAAAUAAAUGGUAGGUUUUAAGUUUUAUCUUCAAAAGUGAAUUAUUCUGCUGCCUUUUAGCAACCAUGGCAGCAAACGGAGAAACAGCUCCUCAGUGGAAAACGACCAUUAUAGCCAGCUCUUCACUCCGGAAUCACGAUACUAACCGGAUGCUAAGUGCGCAGCAGCACAGAAUCAGAUUUUCAGACAGUGUGGAGUCCGGAGUCUUUAUUUUUCCUCUCUCAGGCACUGCAUUUCUGUUGGUCGACCCUCAAGAUCUCCCUGAGCGUCUUGAGGAAUCUGGACUCAUUGAGAGGAUAAAUACAUUUGUGCAAGUUCAUCGGAAUAGCUUCCUGCUUCUGUUCGCCCCCUUUAAUGGGACAAGGGAGAUGGAAAUAUUUACAGUGAUUCAGCACAGAUUCUUUGGCAGCAACCUGAGGAUCCUGCCUGUGCGAAACAACGCUGAGAUCGUCAAAGGAAUGUUGACAGUUGCCAAGGCCACCAGUAAGCCUCAUGUUGACAGUAUCCGCAAUAGGAUGUUUCUGGCUCGGGCUCACAUCAUUGAAAGCAGUCCUGUGUGGGAGAUGUUAAGAGAUAUGCCGUAGAGCUCAACAGGUGAUGCAGCAUAUUUUCACACCUCAGUCAUGUUAUCUGAUGAUACAUAGGAAAAGGUAAAACAUGUGUUACAAUAUAGUAGCACAGUUUGUUCUGUUUUCUAGAUAACUAUAUGCUGUAAAAAAAAAUCACACUUAACAUAAUGCAUGUAUUUCUACUGGUUAACAGAUCACUUGAAAUAAAACUGUGUAUUAGUGUUAUUUAA